AGAGCCACACCUGCAACGACUGAGUGAGACAGAUGACGUAGAGCAUUAUUUAGCUACUUUUGAACGAAUAGCGAUGGCGUGUCGGUGGCCAACAACCGACUGGGCAGUUAGGUUAGUGCCCCUCUUGUCGGGCAAGGCUAGGGCUGCAUAUGUAUAUAUGGACAUGGUAGACUCACUUGAUUAUGACAAAGUCAAAGCAGCCAUUCUUGCUAAGUAUGACAUAAAUGCAGAGACUUAUCGGCUUCAGUUCCGGUCAACAGAAGUGAAGGAGAAUGAAACCCCAAAAGAGUUGUAUGCCAGACUAAAAGAAAACUAUGCCAAGUGGGUGCAGCCACAGCAUCAUACUAAGGAGGAGAUUGGGGAGACAGUCAUUUUGGAGCAGUUUUUGCGCAUGUUGGCCCCUGAUCUGCAAGUAUGGAUUAAGGAAAGAGGCCCUGUCUCUGCUGCAGAAGCCGCCAACUUAGCAGACACCUUUAUGGCAGCGCGACGCAAGACUCAACCAUGGACAUUCAAGCGUUGGAAGGGGAGUAAAGAUUCCAACAAGUUCCAACACUCCUUCCCCACUACAGUAAGAGCCAUCCAUGAAGACUGAUGCUUCUAAUACUGGCAUUGGGGCAGUGCUGUUGCAAGGGGCACUGGGAGAUAGACAUCCAGUGGCCUAUAUAAGUCGCAAGUUGUAUCCCAGGGAGGUGAGAUACUCCACCGUUGAGAAGGAGUGCUUGGCCGUUAAAUGGGCCCUGGACACGUUCAGGUACUACCUUCUUGGCCGGGAGUUCCUCCUUGAAACUGACCACCGGCCACUGCAAUGGAUGGAUCGAAUGAGAGACUCAAAUGCACGAAUCACUCGAUGGUAUCUAUCUAUGCAACCUUAUCGUUUUAUUGUCCAGCAUGUUCCAGGAAAGAGUAAUGCUACAGCGGACUUUCUUUCUCGCCUGCCGGCUUGAAAAUGGGUGGAGGGGAGUGUGACGGUCACGGGAAGACCGCACAUUCAACAUGGACUUUAAUACACACACAUACUCACAAACACACACAGAGACUGUUUAGUGAUAAGAGUUUAUUGUAAUUAUUGAUCAGAGUGAAUGGAAUACCUGUAAAUGAUGUGUAUUGUUCCCGUGUAGCAUUUGUCCCGUGAUUUUUAGAGUCCCGGUAGGAAACCAUGGCAGGAAUUAUUGGUUCCGCUUAGGGUGGGAAUCUACCAUGUAUUAAUUGAGCGAGGGGGUUUCAGGGGCAACGCGGCCGAGUUGUUGCUGUUAUUUCCUGUUUAAUGUGAAUGAUUUAAUAACAUCAAAGUAGAUUUAUUAAUUAUAACAUCAUGCCAAUAUGUUUCUUUUAGACGCUGUAUAUUUAGGUGAACAUGUGUAAAGUGUUGUAUGUGAGUUUGUCCCUCCCCAUGGGGUAAUGGUGCUGGCCACCAGUAUAAAUGUGAAUGACUUUGUAAUGGAAGGUAGUCUGUGUUUGUUGCUGCAGUGGAGAGUGUGGCCUGAGGGUUGUAGGUAUUGUAGGUAUUGUGGGUAUUUUGUUUAGUUAUUUUGAAAUUGACCUUGUUGUUAAGGAAGUUAUUUUUGGAAACUUAUUUUGCAUUUGAAAUUAAUUUGGAUUUUUCUUUUUGGUUAAGACUUUGUUCCUUCUAUUUUUUGCCAUGUUUAAUUAUAUUAUUGGGCUUGGAUGAUUGCCCUUUUGUAAGUUUAAAUAAAUAUUUGUUUACAUUUCAAAGUUGUGUAUUCAUACUGCCUCUGUUUAAUUUGGCUACAAAAUUUGUGGUGCCUAUUAGUAGGCUGACC